AUGUCUACCCGUCGCGGCGUCGGCCUUGGAGCCUUCGUAAACCGCAACCAGUCAGCACAGUCAUACGCCACCCACGGUGCCAACCUCCGCACCACCCACCUUACCUCCCUCCAGAAUCAACUCUCCGUUUUCCAAUCUCUUCUCCAUUCCUUUGCCCUUGAGCACGCCUCAACCAUUAAAUCGAAUCCGACCUUCCGCGCUGAGUUUGCGCGCAUGUGUCAUGCUAUCGGGGUCGAUCCUUUGGCAGCUAGCAACGUAAAGGGCAAAGGGAAGAAGGGUAUUAGCAUACCUGGUUUGGGUGAAGGGGGUAGUUUUUGGACUCAGAUACUAGGCGGUGAUGUGACUGAUUUCUAUUUUGAAGUUGCUGUGCGUGUUGUGGAACUUUGUCGAGAAACCAGGGGGGAGAACGGUGGACUUAUUGGAGUUGAGGAAUGCAGGGCGCGGGUGGGGAGGGGUAAGGCGAUUGGCGGGGGUCUAGAGGUUUCUGAAGACGACAUCCUUCGCGCAGUCAAGUCUCUCGAACCCCUUGGAUCAGGAUUCGCAAUUAUAAAAGUUGGCAGCAAACAAUUCAUCCGCUCAAUACCCAAGGAGCUCAAUACAGACCAAGCCACAGUACUUGAAGUGAUUCAGAUUCUUGGUUUCGUUACCGUCUCGAUGCUGCAGCUUAAUUUGAACUGGGAAAAGGCGAGGUCGCAAACCGUCAUUGACGACCUUUUGGCUGAUAGCUUGGUUUGGGUUGAUACUCAGGGCGCGGAGAAAGAAUAUUGGUCGCCUCAGAAUUUGCUUGAUGAUGGCGAUUGA